AUGGCGGAGGAUCGAGAAUACGACGGGUACAAUCCCAAUCCAAAGAGAAGACGCAUUGAAUCAGUGCGCCCGCACCAGAGAUUUCAGAAUGAUUCCUCGCGCGCUUCAACCCCCCGAGCGCAGUCGCGUUACGCGCCCACGCCUCCUCGACAGGUUGACGGGGUAGAACCGACCGAUGAAGACUCCAAGGCCCUGGAUCGCGACUGGUACGGUGGUGAUGAGCUCGGCGGCCAUAGCUUUGGAGAUGAUACCCACAACCCUUUCGCCUCAUACGACACAUGGGAGGGCCAACAGCAGGAAUCAGCUCGGCACGAAAAGAUGUCUAUCCGAUUCGAUGCGCGGCGUGAGCAAAGGAACCGAGAUAACGACGCAUGGGAAACGAAUCGCAUGUUACAAUCGGGUGUUGCGCAAAGACGAGAUAUGGCGUCCGACUUUAUUGACGACGAUGACUCGACCCGAGUCCAUCUUUUAGUCCACGAUCUCCGACCACCGUUUCUGGACGGACGGACCAUCUUUACGAAACAGAUGGAGCCAGUUCCUGCCGUAAAAGACCCCCAAAGUCAUAUGGCAGUUUUCAGUCGAAAGGGUAGUAAAGUGGUGAAGGAAGCACGUCAGCAGCGAGAACGUCAACGACAGGCCAAAGAAGCUACAAGCAUGACUGGAACCACGCUUGGAAACAUUAUGGGUGCAAAAGAGGAAGAAGGCGAUUCGGCGUUACCAGUACCUGCUGAGGAUGAUGCGCAGCCAACUGAACGUAAGGGUAACAAAUUCAGCGAGCAUAUGAAAAAGACCGACGGCGCGAGUAACUUCAGCCAAAGCAAGACCUUGCGAGAACAACGGGAGUACCUCCCUGCGUUCGCAGUACGUGAGGACCUUCUCCGUGUGAUCAGGGAGAACCAAGUCGUCAUCUGUGUUGGUGAAACGGGUUCAGGAAAAACGACGCAGUUGACUCAGUUCCUUCAAGAGGAUGGAUACGGGAAGACUGGCAUGAUUGGAUGCACCCAACCGCGACGUGUUGCGGCGAUGAGUGUAGCUAAACGUGUUGCUGAAGAGAUGGAAGUCAAAUUGGGAAGCACGGUUGGUUACGCGAUCCGAUUCGAAGACUGCACCAGCAAAGAAACGAUCAUCAAAUACAUGACCGACGGUGUUCUUCUGAGAGAGUCGCUGAACGAGCCUGACCUGGAUAGGUAUUCGUGCAUCAUCAUGGAUGAGGCUCACGAGCGUGCCUUGAACACAGAUAUCCUGAUGGGUUUAUUCAAGAAGAUAUUACAGAGACGUCGCGACCUAAAACUCAUCGUAACAUCGGCUACGAUGAAUUCAAAGCGUUUCUCGGACUUUUUUGGUGGUGCCCCAGAGUUCAUUAUUCCUGGACGAACUUUCCCAGUCGAUGUUAUGUUUCAUCGAUCGCCUGUUGAGGAUUAUGUUGACCAAGCAGUUCAGCAAGUCUUGUCAAUUCACGUCUCAAUGGGACCGGGUGACAUUCUAGUGUUUAUGACUGGUCAAGAAGAUAUUGAAAUUACCUGCGAACUUGUUCAAAAACGACUCGACGCACUGAACGAUCCGCCGAAAUUGAGCAUCUUACCUAUUUACAGUCAGAUGCCUGCAGACUUGCAAGCCAAGAUUUUCGACAAGGCCGCACCAGGAGUGCGGAAGUGUAUUGUUGCUACCAAUAUUGCCGAAACCAGUUUGACGGUUGAUGGUAUUAAAUACGUUGUUGAUGCGGGUUACUCUAAGAUGAAGGUCUACAACCCCAAGAUAGGCAUGGAUACUCUUCAGAUCACGCCUAUCUCGCAAGCCAAUGCUUCUCAACGUUCCGGUCGAGCUGGCCGAACAGGUCCUGGAAAGGCCUUUCGACUUUACUCGGAAAAGGAAUUCAAGGAAGACCUGUACCUGCAGACUAUUCCAGAAAUCCAGCGCACAAAUCUUGCUAAUACUGUUCUCAUGCUCAAGUCUCUUGGCGUCAAGGACCUCUUAGACUUUGACUUUAUGGAUCCUCCUCCACAAGACACCAUAACAACUUCAAUGUUCGACUUGUGGGCGCUUGGUGCCCUGGACAAUCUCGGCGAACUUACGGAUCUGGGAAGAAAAAUGAGUGCUUUCCCUAUGGAUCCAUCCCUGUCCAAGCUGCUCAUCACUGCAGAAGAGUAUGGUUGCAGCGAGGAGAUGAUUACCAUCGUUUCCAUGUUGUCCGUUCCCAAUGUGUUCUACCGACCAAAGGAGAGACAAGAAGAAGCCGAUGCUGCACGUGAGAAGUUCUGGGUGCACGAGUCGGACCACUUGACUUAUCUACAAGUUUACACCAACUGGAAGGCCAAUGGCCAUUCAGACGGUUGGUGUGUUAAGCAUUUCCUGCACCCGAAAUCUCUCAGACGAGCCAAGGAAAUUCGCGAACAGCUUUUGGAUAUUGUUCGUAUGCAAAAGAUGGAGCUGAAGAGCUGUGGGAUGGACUGGGAUAUUGUGCGCAAGUGCAUUUGCUCAGGCUACUACCAUCAAGCAGCCAAGUAUAAGGGUUCAGGCGAGUACAUCAACCUGCGCACCAACUUGGGCGUGCAACUGCAUCCGACUAGUGCGCUCUAUGCCGGACAUCCACCAGACUACAUCGUUUAUCACGAGUUGAUUCUCACUUCCAAAGUAUAUGUAUCAACAGUAACGGCCGUAGAUCCUCACUGGCUUGCGGAUCUUGGUGGUGUCUUUUACUCAGUCAAGGAGAAGGGUUACUCAGCCCGUAACAAGCGCAUCACAGAGACAGAAUUCAAUCGAAAGAUGGAGAUUGAAACCAAGAUGGCUGAUGACAAGCGGAUGGACGAGGAAAGGAAACAAAUGGAGGAGGAACGAAGCCAAAAGAAGCCCAAGAAAAUUGGAGCAGACGGAAAGAAAUUCGUGACACAAGGUGCAGUUAAGAAGCCUGUUUUGAAGCGACGUGGUAGAGGAUUUUGA